AUAUAGCAAACAAGAUUCAAACCAUAUUAAAAAACACAUUUCUUUUCUUUAUAUGACAAAGACAAUGGCGACCUCAAGCAUCAAGACCCUUCCAAUCAUGGCGAUUCCAAACUUCAACGUGUGCCACAAGCUCGAGCUCCUCAAAGAAGAUGGCAAAAGCCUAGCCCCGAAACGCCAAGAAGGAGAAAGAGAAGACGAAGAGCUAAGCUACGAGUUCCAAGAGAUGUUGGAGUCUCUUCCUAAGGAGAGAGGUUGGAGAACUCGUCACCUUUACCUAUUCCAAGGCUUUUGGUGCCAAUCCAAGGAGAUUCAAGCUAUCAUGUCCUUCCAAAAACAUUUCAAACCGCUCCAAAACGACGUCGUUAUUGCUACCAUACCAAAAUCCGGUACAACAUGGUUAAAAGCUUUAACUUAUACACUCCUUAACCGACACCGGUUUGAUCCGGUUUCCUCAAACACUGACCACCCUCUCCUUACAUCCAACCCUCAUGACCUAGUACCUUUCUUUGAGUACAAGCUUUACGCGAACGGAGACGUUCCUGACCUUUCCGGUCUAGCCAGUCCAAGGACAUUCGCAACACACGUCCCUUUCGGUUCUCUGAAGGAUUCCAUCGAGAAACCUGGCGUGAAGGUCGUGUACUUAUGUCGGAACCCGUUCGACACAUUCAUCUCCUCGUGGCAUUACACCAACAGCAUAAAGUCGGAGUCGGUGAGUCCAGUCUCGUUGGACGAAGGGUUUGAUAUGUACUGCCGAGGACUGAUAGGGUUUGGUCCGUUUUGGGAACACAUGUUGGGAUACUGGAAAGAGAGCUUGAAGAGACCUGACAAAGUCUUGUUCUUACGCUACGAAGAUCUCAAACAAGACAUAGAGUCUAACUUGAAGAAGCUUGCAAGUUUCUUGGGCGUUCCUUUCACGGAAGAAGAGGAAGGAAAGGGUGUUACGAAGGCAAUCGUGGCGCUGUGUAGCUUCGAGAGUUUAAAGAAGUUGGAGGUGAACAAGGCGGGCAAAUCGAUCAAGAACUUUGAGAAUAGGCACUUGUUUAGGAAAGGAGAAGUGAGUGAUUGGAUUAACUACCUGUCCCCUCCACAAGCUGAGAGAUUGUCAGCGUUAGUGGAUGACAAGUUAGGUGGAACUGGUCUUACCUUCAGGUACUGCUGAACAAGGCCAUGCACGUCUUCACGUUUCAAAAUUAGUGUGUUGAGGGGGCCCUUUCAUUUGAAGUCGGUAUUAAAAAACAACAAAAGUGUAAGCAGUUGGUUUGUUUGGUAUAGACAGAAGAAGAAAACAAUGAAGCAACGUGAACACUAGUUUGUCGAUUUUUAUUAUAAUAAAAACUAUUGUGCUUGUUAUUAUGGGUUUUAAAAAAAAAAUUAUUGUGAUUUAAGUGUUAUCAUGUUAUGGUCUGGGUGUAACUGAAUGUAUCAAAAGAUAUGUAUAAAUACUUCAUGUGUA